AUGAAGUAUUCUUUAAAGGAAAACUUAAGUGAAUAUACAAGCGAAAUUGAUCAUGGUAUUAGGAAAACUAUAAAUGAUGGAAAAGUAGAUACGAACAAAUUUAAAAAAAAAGAAAUGAAUAAAGAGAAAAAGGGCUACUUAUAUAAUUAUAAGUACCUACCCCAUAAUGAUAUAAUAAAAGAGAAUGAAGAGGACGCCGUUAGUAACCCUUUUUUUUUUGAUGAAAAAAAUAAAAUAAGUAAAACAAAUGUAAUUAAUAAUAUUACGGGGAACCAUAUAACUAGAAAAAAUGAUCAUAAAUGCAAUGAAGAAAUGAAUCAAGGAAUAGGAGACAACAUUUAUAAGGAGGAGGACAACAGCUAUCGCUGUAGCAAUGGCGAUAGCUAUGAAAGUAGCAAUGACAACGACCAUAACAGUGGCAAUGGCUAUGGAGAUCGAGACGACCUCGGUGAUAAGGAAAAAAAGCCUCUAAAAGAAUUCAACAUUUUUAUAGAUAAGAAAAAUGCUGUAAAUAGUAUUAUAAGCUCCACCUUUGCUGGUAUCAUGUCAAGAACUAUAACCGCUCCAUUAGAUAGAGUAAAAUAUAUUAUGCAAGUAACAAACAAUUUGCCAAUAGCUGAAAUAUUUGAAAUUAUUAAAAAAGAUGGAGUAGUAUGUGGAUUCUUUCGAGGAAAUUGUGUUAACAUUGUUAAGAUAAUUCCAGAGUUAUCUAUCAAAAUGUAUUCAUAUGAGUUUAUGAAGAUGAAUGUUUAUAAUUAUUACAAUAAAAAUAAUAAUUGUAUGACUGAUGAUCAAAAUAUGAAUAUACCUUUUUUUAUUCGUUUCUUAAUAGGGAGUUCAAGUGGUGUUAUAGCUGCUUUAUUUAUUUACCCACUUGAAAUUGUGAAGACAAGAUUAAUUGUAUCAAAUAAAAAUAAUAAGGAUAACGGAAUUAUUAAAUGCUUUUAUAAUAUUUAUAAAAAUGAAAAAUGGAGAAAUUUUUACAAUGGUUUGUCUAUGCAUAUAUAUGGUGUUAUAUUCUUCUCAGGAUGUAAUAUGAGUAUAUAUGAUUAUUUAAAGUAUCUUUUUUUCUCUUUGUACAGAGAUUAUAUUCAUUCUAAUUAUUGCGUCAACUGUGGUCAUGCAGAAAAUAAGAACAUCCCUGCUUGUACGAAUAUAGCAGAUGAUGGUGUUCCACAAAGGAGAAACGCAAAUGAUAGUAUUGCACACCCGUAUAAUUCAAAGGAUGGCAAUUCCCAAUCCUCAUAUGACACCAGAAAAGACGGUCGUCUCAUAUAUGAUCCACUAAAAAGUGUAAAACGUUUUAUAAAUUUUAAAAAAAAUUACACAAAUACAAAUAAUUUGGGACAAAGUUCUAAUGAACAAAAUGAAAAUAAAAAUAAUAUGAAUAUGUCAUCAUGUUCUUAUUGUAAUUAUCGUAUAAAGAAUGUUAACUGUUUAUCCUUUUUAUUUUUUGGAAUAACAAGUUCUUUCAUAGCUCAAAUUGUUAGUUACCCGUUUCUUGUUUUAAGGACUCGAAUGCAAACUCUCAAUAAUGAAAUUGCUACUAAUUACCUGAACAGUGAGGGGACCCGUAUUAAAUCCUGUAGUUUUAUUAUGUACAACAUUAAGGUUUAUGGCUUUAAAUCGCUCUAUAGAGGUAUUUACGUAAACUUACUAAAGACUAUACCUGCCACGUCCAUUACAUGGUUCGCGUACGAAUAUUCGAUGAGGAAAUUACAAUCGUGA